UUCUCCUCACAUCACCUCAUUUCACUCCUCCUCCUCCUCAACAGUGACUAAUCCAAGCCAGAAGCAAUAGCCAGCUCAGGUACUCUCAACAUUCUCUGAUUCUGAGCUACACUACCAAGACCAAGCUACUACUACUACUGUCACUGUGUUACUAGCCAGCUCAGGUACUCUCAACAUUCUCUGAUUCUGAGCUACUCUACCAAGACCAAGCUACUACUACUACUGUCACUGUGUUACUAGCCAGCUCAGGUACUCUCAACAUUCUCUGAUUCUGAGCUACUCUACCAAGACCAAGCUACUACUACUACUGUCACUGUGUUACUCUCAACAUUCUCUGAUUCAUGUCCAGAUCGGUUGGCAGAAUGUCUCUGCUGCUUUGUUGUGUUGUGAUGGCUCUGCACCUGGCAACAGGGCUGGAUGCUGCCCCGGGGGUGGUGAACACUACAGAAGAGGAGGUGGAAGGGGUGGACUCCCAGUCACCAUGCCCAGCCGGGUGGCAUCAGAAUGAGCAUCGCUGCUUCUCCUUCUACCCCGUCUGGGCCACCUGGGCCACUGCAGAGUUGUACUGCUCCCAGCACAGAGGGAACCUGGUGUCGGUUCACAGCCCGGGUCAACAGGUGUUUGUCCAGGAUCUGGUCAGGAGACACACAUACCAGCCGGUCUGGAUAGGAGGCUACGAUGCAGCUCAGGAGGGGAUGUGGCUGUGGAGUGACGGCUCAGCUGUUGACAGUUUCUACUGGGAGGAGGAUGAGCCCAGUAACUCUGGACAGGGGGAGAACUGUAUGGAGCUACACACUGGAGGUGGGCAGGGCUGGAAUGACGUGUCCUGUGGAGAGCUGAGGUUCUAUGUGUGUUCUAUGGAGACAAGAUCUGGUUUAGCAUCAUUGCCAAGUCAGAAGAAAUCACAUGAGAGAGAGCUGGUUGAAGAGGUGAGUAUUUAUGACGUCCUGUGGAGACCAGUGAGAGAGUAGCAGAUGAGAUCCUCGACUCAGCCUUCCUCCGAGGAUGUAUUCCAGACGUCUGCCUGCCCGCUGCUAUGCUGACUUCUGCCACCAGGAGGUGCUAUACCUGGACAGAGUCAUCACCAUGCUGCGGCUGCUGAUCAGAACAGUCCAGGGUCCUCCAGACAUCAUGAUGUUUCUCCAGAGAACACAUCAACGCUACCAGGAGUCACUGAAGAGGCCCAGAUCCAAACUCCACCACACCUGAACCUGUCCUCCAUCCAGCCCUCUGCAGCUGUGCGUCAGUACCUCCAGAGCUUCCAUGACAUUGUAAAUGAGGAGCCCAUUUACUGGCUGGUGUCUCUCUGCCCAGAGCCCUGCUCAGACCUUACCUGGCACAGAACCUGCCCCUGGGAGAGAGGACCAGAUGAGACCCCAGCCCCUGCCUCUACCCCUGGCUAAACCUCUUCCCCUGUCCCUGCUACC